CUGUUACAGGCUGGUCGCUCCUUUUUACAACCUGCCACAGCACCAAACAAGAAAAAGGUGGUUUAUUUUUCAUUGAUAAUAUGUUAUUUCGCCGUAUUUGAAGGAUCUCUUCAGGUUGUAGCUGAUAAGACAAAAGGUCUUGUUUUUAUCAAGCAAUCGAACGACCAACUGAUGCACUUCUGUUGGAAGAACAGAGAAACGGGAGCGAUAGUGGAUGACCUAAUUAUAUUCCCCGGCGACACUGAGUUCAAAGAAGUGAAGGGCUGUCCUGAUGGCAAGGUGUAUAUGCUCAAGUUUAAAACUUCAGACGAACGUCGCUUGUUCUGGAUACAAGACGGUAACACUGAUGCGGAUAAGGAUCUUUGUCAAAAGGUCAAUGAUGCACUUAACAAACCUCCUACUACUCGUGCAUCUGCUCGAGGAGGCUCAUCCGAACGCAACACUGGAGGCUUAUCUACUGCCAAUCUUGCUGGACUUGGCGGUAGCGAGGAGUUAGGAGCUCUUGGAGGGCUGGACCAACAACAGCUUAUGCAACUGCUCCAAUUUAUGAAUCAAGUUAGAAUUAGGAGCUCUUGGAGGGCUGGACCAACAACAGCUUAUGCAACUGCUCCAAUUCAUGAAUCAAUCUCUGCUUCGGAACUUACGCAGCUGCAAACAUUACUUGGUGGUCUCAGAGCACCUGGUGGAGGUACCGAAUCGUCACAAGGAGGCUCAGAACGGCAAGUGGCUGUUGAACUGGGGGAUAUAGUCGCAGGUGGUCAGGUUGUCGAAACAGCCAAAAAUAAUGCGGGUAAGAGCUAUUUGUUUUUGGGUAAUUCCUCCUCUAUGUGUUGAAG